AUGAUCCGCUCUCCUCUCGCUCGUAUUCUUGCCAUUGCUUUCGUCGUGUUAUCCUUUAGCAUGCUUGUUUGGGGUGCUCCCGUCGAAGCUGGCAAGAACCUGCUUGCCCGUGGUGGUACCUGUUCUGUCGGCUGCACUACCGGGAACCAGGUUGUCGAUAUUCUAGUCAGGCUCAAGGCAGACAUCGCGAUUAAACUCGACCUCCUUGCUCUCAGAUGCCUGCUACAACACGGAACCGAUCCCGCGGGUAUUGUUGCGGACAUUGUUGUUCUCAUCAACGCCGCAGUUGUCCUCAUCUUAGCUUGCCUAAGGACUUGUCUCGGGUUACUCAAUGGCAAGAUUUCAUCAUUCGUCAACCUCUGCGUUAGCAUCGUCAUUGACAUUGCCUCGCAUUGUGGCAAGUGGAGUGACAAGCCAAACUUCGAUGGCUUGCUCUCCGCUUGCGGUGGCCUUCUUGGAACUAUUCUUGGGCUGAUCGCUGGCUUGCUCGGUGGUGCUAACCUCGCAUUGCUCCUCAAGGUCAAGUUUAACCUAUGCGUUGGUAUCCUCGGCCUCUAA